CCAGUUUGACAUUGCACCACCAAUUGGAAAUCAAUCGCGGUUCCAUUGCUACAUCUCUCUACCAUGACGAUGCGCGCUUUGGUGGUGCCUGCGACCCGUGGGUUAAUGGUACUGGUUGUGGCGAACAUUCUGACGCGCUAUUGCGCCGGCGUUGAGGUCCCCCGGGCAUCCAACGAGGGGACGACCAUUGGAAAGGUGCCGUCGUGGCGCGACUGUCACAUCUUUCUAGCACCCGCCCGAUGGGAGGGUGGUGGCUGGGCCGUCUUUGCGGGGCGCGAUUUCGUCGCGAACGAAAUCGUCGAGAUGGCCCCACUUUUUUUACCUUUGGAGUACGAAACACCCGCUGUCCGAAAUAGCGUUCUCGACGACUUUAUUUACGGAUACAUGCGGUUGGAAAGUGACGCCAGUCCUGGCAAAGAAAGCGGUAGUCAUGUGCACAUGCUAGCCAAUAUGGUGCUGGGUGGUACCAUGUUUUAUAACCACGGAGGGACCCCUCCUCCCAACGUUGUGUACACGACCUUUGGUCGCGAGCCGACGGCCUCGCAACUAGAAUCUGCCAACGCUGUCGGGUUUGUGGCGAAACGAGCGAUACGAGCUGGCGAAGAGCUCUUUUCCAAUUACGGAGAACAAUAUAGCGACGGAGGUCAACGCUGGUUCGCCGAUCGGAACUUGAUACUGCAAAGCGUUAGUCCGGCACAAUCAACCAUCGAACAGUCCGAACUGGCAAGCGUCAAGCAGCUGUACUGCUCGAAAAUUUAUGCCGGUAUGGGACAACCUACCUUCGCGGAACGAUUGUCACCGCUGUGGCCCGAUUUUCUGCCGUCGCAAUGGCGAACCUUGCACCACCAACUGGCUCCGACGGAUGCGCCGCUCGACCACGUAGUGACCAAAUCAGCCGUCCGGGUCGGAGAGCGCAUCGAAAUAACACCGGCACUGGUCUUGUCGCGAAAAUAUCAUGAUUUGGAAAAUACUGCUCUGGCUACGCUCGUCUUUUUUUGGGACGAUCUGACCCCGGACCACCAGGAAACCUUGCGACAACUACGGCACGGGGACGAUUCGCUGGGUUCCUACGCGGUACAGUACCAGGGAGCUUUGUCGGAAUGGAAGCGCACGGAUCGAUGGUCCCGCGUGGAGGAUGUAGCGAUUCUGGCUGCGGCUGGGUCCCUGGCCAUGGUGAAUCGUGUGGGUACACGGGACGGUUACAGGGAGUCCAGCAUUGGUGGGACCGCCAACUGCCGUUUGGUCAUUCGCUCAGCACGGUACGGAUGGAGCGGGUCGUCCGGGACCAACACGUCGAAAUUUCAGCUACUUGACGGCAACGCCGGUCUCGUAUUAGAGUUGAUUGCGACCGCGGACCUGGACGUGGGUACGGUUUUGCGAUUGAAUUUACCGCAGACGGUUGGAUCUCACUCACAGUUGCGACGGGUCUUGCAAGAAACUGGACAGCCUCUGCCAACGAAGGAUAUUCUCCCCAGAAACGAGAGCAACUCUAUAAAAUCGGACCUAUAUCCAUCGACCGUAAAACCUGACGAACUGUAG